AUGGACGUUACGUUCAGGGAGUCUGAGCCAUUCUAUGGUGAGCCGUCUGAUCUCAGUCUGCUGUUUGCAGAGCUUGACCACCUACACCCUGUGCAUGAUGGUCAAGAGGGAGAGAAGGAUGUGUCUCAUACUCACGGGGAUUCUGUGGACAUUAACGCUGAUAAUGAUGUGCAUGCUCAAGUUCAACCAAUAGUGGGUACAAUUCCGGUUAGUACCAUCACUGAUGAUGAUGUGCAGGCUCAUGUCGAGCCAACUGUCGAUACACUUAAGAUUGGUGCUCUCCAGGUUCCUGUUCGGGAUCGAUGGCAGACGAAUACCCUGGUGUACUCUCGACGGCAACCACAAGUGCAGGGGGAGCAGCAAGGCAGGGAGGCAAGAGUGCAGGGGGAGCAGCAAGGCAGUGAGGCAAGAGUGCAGGGGGAGCAACAAGGCAGUGAGGCAAGCUCAUCUGACACAGUGGAGCUGCCCAUUGCGUUGCGAAAACCUACACGUGAAGCGGCAAGGAAGGGUGAGGUAGCAAGGAAGGCUCUGCCAAAGGAUGAUGCUUGUGAUGACCUUGAUAUUGGCAAUUUUGUGUCUUACAAGGCUUUGUCACCUUCAUAUAAGGCGUUUGUUGCCUCUCUGCAAACCGUGUCUAUCCCUAAGGAUUGGAAGGCUGCAAAGCAAGAUCCGAAGUGGCGUGAAUCGAUGAUAGAGGAGUUAGAAGCAUUGAAAAAAAACAAGACAUGGGUGCUAACCACAUUGCCGGCAGGAAAGAAAGCAGUGAGUUGCAAGUGGAUUUUUACUGUGAAGCAGAAUCCUGAGGGCAAGGUGGAACUGUAUAAGGCUAGAUUGGUCGCCAGAGGAUAUAGUCAAACUUAUGGAAUUGACUAUGAUGAGACAUUUGCUCCAGUUGCAAAGAUGAACACAGUACGGGUAUUGGUCUCGUGUGCUGCAAACUUUGGGUGGAAAUUGCACCAGUUAGAUGUCAAGAAUGCCUUCUUACAUGGUGACUUGAAAGAAGAGGUAUACAUGGAGAUACCACCUGGUUUUGGCACAGAACAGACUACGGGGAAGGUAUGCAAGCUGAAGAAAUCCUUGUAUGGUCUGAAGCAAUCACCGAGGGCAUGGUUUGAUAGGUUCAGACGAGCUGUUUGGAAUAUGGGGUAUGGCCAAUGUAAUGGUGAUCACACGGUGUUUUAUAGACACAUUGAUAAGAAGAUCACCAUUGUUGUAGUGUAUAUUGAUGAUAUCAUCAUCACCGGAGAUGAUGAGGAGGAAAUAAAGAGAGUGAAGGGGUGUCUGAACAAGGAGUUUGAGUCAGCUAUAGCCAUUGCUAAUAACCCAGUUCAACAUGAUAGGACGAAGCAUGUGGAAAUUGAUCGCUUCUUCAUUAAAGAGAAACUAGAUGCUGGGAUCAUCAGCCUUACUCAUGUCAGCUCUGGGCAGCAGUUUGUAGAUUGCUUGACAAAGGGACUAGGAACAAAGGACUGUAACUUGGCGUGUGACAAGAUGGGGAUGAUAGAUAUCUACCACCCAUCUUGA